AUGGCCCAGGAAGGGAUGGCCCAGGGCACGCGAAAAAAAGUGACGCAUAGCACGAUCCUCGCCUUGCCGAAUACGGCGUGGGGGGUCGUCGUUGGUCUCGGCGGCAACGCCAUUUUGUGGAAAGGUAUCGCGACGCACGGUUUCACGCGCCACGUUCUCGGGCGAGGCGUUCAAUGGCUAUUUUUUAGCGUGGGCGGCGUUCUGUGCUAUGCAUAAAUCAAAUUCUUGCGGCGCGUUUCCUGCUGAAUCAUGGCCUCCACGCCAGGCGUGGCGGUGUGGGUCCUACACCACUCGAUUCAGUCAUCAAGGUCGCGUUGUCGCCGAGAAAGGACUUCGUGAAGAAUUUUUCCGGCACCCGACUCACUGUUUGAUUGCGCACAGGUUCUGUGGAUUACCCUCGCACUCCUCACCCUGGCGAAAUUCGUUACCAACUUUGUGUUCGUCGUCCGCGAGUGGCGGGAUCCAGUCCGCGUUUAUUUCUUCAAUAUGAUGAACGUGUCGCUGUUCAUGUACGCAAUAGCCGUGCCGGCGGCGCUCGAAGACGACUGGCGCGCCGCGCGGACAGCCGCCUUUUGUAUAGCUAGCGUCAUGCAGAUCGGCUUCAACCUCGAGGUGUAUCGCCGGUGGCUGUUCUGCAAGGGCGCGUCGUUGGCCAGCGCCGAGCCGCAGUACAUGUUGUCGACGGUUGGUUGGGCCCUCGGUUGUUUGCUAGCGCAGGACUUGGACCUCGACCGGAGAUGGCGCAUCGGCGUAGCCGAGCUCAUGAUUGGGUGCGCCGUUUGUUUUGUGUGGAAAUCAACCAGUGAGCCUCCACGCCACCGAGCCGACGCGGUCACGGGGACAAAGUCGCGUCGAUGGCGUGGCCUCCACGCCAUCGAGCAGACGCAGCUACGGAGACAGCGUCGCGUCGAUGGCGUGGGGCGCCCGAAAUUUGAGAUCCCACAGGUCGUGUUUUAUUCGUUUGCUGCCAUAUCGGUGAUCCAGGGCCUGGCCGAAAAACCCCAUCUCAAAGGCGAGCCGGUGUUAUUCCUACUCAUCGCGCCGCCGUCCGUAGCGGCCACGUGCUUCGCCAAUUUUCAUGGCGGGCGGUUCAGAGGGGUCCCCGUGAGCGUGCUCGGAUACGCGCUGGUGAUGCUCUCGGUGUUGCUCCUCAGCGGUCCGAAGCUCGCUGGCGAGCCAAAACUCCUGGGAAGCUACUGGGCUUAUGUGUUCCCCGUCGCCGCGCUCGGAUCUGCUUGUAUUAACUACGCCGCCUACGAGAACUCGCCCGAGGCGAAGGCCGUGGCGUGGGUCGUGUUCAUUAUAGCCGAGACCUUGCUUAUUCUCGUCUUCGUACGCACUAUGUACCACUGGGCGCAGGUCGCGCGGGGCCGGGCGCUUUGGCGCGACCCGCUCGCGCCGGCAUCCGCCUGGGUCGACGAAAAAACGGGGGGGCGCGUCGGCCAUUGCGAAGGGGACGACGCAGCAAUUACUCCAGCAUAGUGGCAGUAAUGACUCCAGCAUAGGGCCGGGA